AUGAAGCGACAUGUGGAAAGGCUCAAAGACAGGGCUAAAGAAGCCCACUACACCCUUGAAGUUCAUGUUGACUCUGUGUGGGAUUAUCAGACCCCUCACAAGGACGAGCCGGAAGAUAAUUUGCAUACUCCCAAACAUAGAUACCUAGCCCACUUCGACAAAUAUCACACUCAACUCGAUAAUUUCGCAAACCACUCCGACAAUGCGAGGUUGGAGCAAGUGGAGAAAUUCAACAGAUAUUCCAAGCCUCCGAGGAGUCUCAAGGAAGCGGAUCCACGGAUCAAGGUUGCCAUCAUUGACAAUGGGGCAGAUAUCAAUCGUUCAAAUCUUAGGAAGAGGAUCCAUGCCGGGGUAUCAUAUGUAUCCGCUGACAAGGACCAGCCACAACAGCCCCUCCCCUGGUGGAUGGUCUCAGACCCCCAUGGCACACAGAUGGCCUCGUUGGUAGAGAAAGUGAACCCGCACUGUCGGCUUUACAUCGCUCGUGUGGGUAAAGGGCGGAACGAUAUCAAGGGUUAUCAUGCUGCCAAGGCCAUUGCGUGGGCCCUAGAACAGAACGUUGACGUCAUUUCCAUGAGCUGGACCACCACCAAAGAGCAUGAAGGGUUAAAAAAUGCCGUACGCCAAGCCGCCUACUCCGGAAAUCGCCGUGCCACAUUGAUGUUCUGCUCCACAGCCGAUGAAGGCGCGUUCUCUGGUACUAUAUACCCUGUGCACUACAAGGAUCACGUCAUCAGAGUAAGCGCAACAGAUGAUUGGGGAUUUCAGACAAGUCAAAGUAAGGGGGAUAGUCCAGCCGACGUACUUGUUCCCGGAGAGAAAGCUCAAGCAGGUGGACCUGGAUAUAUCGGUAAUACUCAGGAUACUGUUUCCGGAUCUUCGGUUGCUACGGCUUUGGCUGCUGGGCUUGCGUCUUUGGCUUUGCUGCUCCUCCGAACUCGCAACGGUGAGGACAAGAGGAUGAGGGAAUUUUACACCAAGCUCGGCAUGAUGAAAGUCUUCAACAAGAUGAGGGCAGAAGAGAAUGGUGUGUUGAAGCUGAGCACACUUUUUCCCAUUGCUGAAAAUCCAGAUAUGGCCCUCUGGGAUAUUGAGAACUUUCUAGACUGA